CAUGUCAGUGAAUUGUUUUCGUAACGGGGCUAAAUAAGUUAUUACCAAACAUGUCUGCCUCCAUGGUGGCUCGGGCGACUGUUAGGGCAGUCAGUAAAAGAAAGAUAUUAGCCACUAGAGCAGCGUUGACUUUGACUCCAUCUGCUGUGAAUAGGAUAAGGACCUUACUGGAAGAUAAACCAGAAUAUAUUGGUCUGAAGGUGGGCGUGAGGACACGAGGCUGCAAUGGGAUGACCUACACCCUGGACUUCACCAAGCAGAAAGACAAGGCAGACGAGGAGGUGCUGCAGGACGGUGUGCGUGUGUUCAUCGAGAAGAAGGCUCAGCUGACUCUGCUGGGGACGGAGAUGGACUUUGUGGAGACCAAGCUGUCCAGUGAGUUUGUCUUCAACAACCCGAACAUCAAGGGCACCUGUGGCUGUGGAGAGAGCUUCAACAUCUGAGACCACACCCCCUCCCCCCAAGCCCCUCCUUCACUCACACCCCUGCCCCCAAGCCCCUCCUUCACUCACACCCCUCCCACUUCACUCCUGGAAACCUGUGAGGUGAGUAAAGGCCCAAUGGACAGAUCAAAGAGGCACAAAGAAUCAUAUUUUAUUAUUCUGGACUGUCUUCUUUUAGAUGGAUGGACAGUAUCUAGUAGUGUUUGGGUUGUUUCCAUUUCAGUUGACAUUUCCAUUGUCUUCAAUGCUUUUCCAUUGUGAAACAUGGUUGAAUUUGAAUUGAAAUGGAACUGAGCCCAUCCUGGUAUGUACCUGUGAGCUUUAUAGGAGGAGGAGGAUUAGCUGGUAGUGACCUCUGAUGAGAUCAGGUAGCUGGACACUUUUACAUUACACUGAAACGUUCCUCGUCGUACAGCCUGCAUAUGGUCCUGACCUGGCACACUUUUCUUCAAGCCCAGCUUUCUGUUAGAUAUCAGGCUUAAAUGCAUUGCAAUGAAAUGGACCGGACAUUGACCUGAAUGAUGUUAUCCAGACACAGGGAGCAGUGUUCAGUUCAGCAAACUUACAGAGCGGUCCGAUCGAAAUGUAAAACAGAACUUGAAUCCUGACUCAUACAUUUUAUCUGUAUCUUUUUGAAGAUUUCUCCCGGCUGAACAGUCUGUUUUUAUUGUUUAUGAUCAAUCUUUUUCUUUCAAACUGAUCUUGCAGUUUGUAAAAUUUUAUUUUGUUGUUUGAAAUGCUGAGUGUGUAUGUGUGUAUAUAAAUAAUGUACAAGACUCCCUUAAACUAUAACGCACAAAAACCUCUAUUCCUCUCUUAUUAAGGAGAGGUUUAUGUUGGUCUUUCUUUUUGCUCAAUGUCAGAACAACAGUAAGGGUUUGUAAAGACAAGCUGUUAUUUCUGCAGAUGUGUAACUUGUGCAAUAUGUCUGGUCAGAUGGUGUGACGCAUCUAGAAUAAAUGGAUUUGAAUCUACA